AUGGAACUCAGAAAGGGUGGCUUUUGCCAUCACGUGAUGAUCCGAUGGAAGUACACGCCUAUCAGAUGUAUUCACUGGCAGUAUAUUUACUACUUCAUGCUGUAUCUGGUCUCAUCCCUGGCAUUCUUGAUUGCUGGUUUAAGGAACGAGGAAAACGUGGGGUACCUCAACGCACUGUUUCUGUGCAUCAGCGCAGGGACCGGAGCUGGGCUUAAUACAGUUAAUUUGUCGUCCCUCAACUCGUUCCAGCAGGCUAUACUUUGGCUAGAUAUCAUCAUGGGUUCGCACAUGUUUGUAUUUGCCGGGCUUGUUAUUACACUCCGGUUCAAAUAUAAAAAUCGAAGUAAACCACGGAUACCUCACCCAUCACCCCAAGAUAUUAUUGUUGAAGAGGCCAACGAUGACACCGCUGCCGCUGCGAAACCAGACACGGAAGGCCCAGUUAAACCUGGUAUCGACCAGACAUCAAUUACUAGCACAGUCCUAGAACAUCAGACGAGCUGCGAAUAUAUUAAAGAGCUUAGCACAAGACACCAAGCCUUUGUUAUCCUCUCCUGGAUUGUUCCACUCUACAUCAUCGUAGUCCAGCUAUUGGGGCGGUCGCCCUAG